AUGUCAUUUUGGCCUUUUAAUAAUUCAUUAAAUAAUAAUAAUGUUUUACUGAAAUUCUUGGAUUCUAUACAAGAUUUAUCAUCAAUAACAGUUCAAGAUAUUGUAAAAGAUCCAAAUUUAGUUCAAGAAAUAAUUAAUGAAUUACAUAAUAUAAAAGCAAAUUUCAAUAAAAAUGGGAGUUUUCUGUUUUCACAAACAAAUCAAGAUUCAAAUGUAUCAAAUACCAAUGCAGAUUCUAUUUCAUUAAAUUCUUCAAAUAAUGAUAAUAAUAAUAAUAAUUCAAAUAAUAAAGAUUCAAAGGGAGUUAAACUAAUAGAACUACUAAUACAACCUCAAAUACUAGGUGGGUUUAUAGAAUUAUUGGAGAAAAGUGUGGAUUUCUUUUAUGAACAAAGUUUAAAAGAAGAAGAAAAAAUGCAUAAAGCUAUAACAGAAGAUAAACCAACAACUGAUAUAGAAGAAAUAGAUGAAAUGGAUGAAGCAAAAGAAGAAGUUGAAAGUUCAGAUGAAACAUUUAGAAGAUCCGUUCAAGCAGCAGCGGAUAUUCUUUCAAUUGAUAUGUGGAUAAUGCUGAAUAGAAUUAUAGAGACUCCAAAUAUAAUGAAUAGACUUUGGCUGAUAUUAAAAAUGACUCAUUUACAAGAAAAUUAUCCAAGUGUUUCAUAUCUUGUACAUAUAUUAGAUCAAUUAUUAGAAUCAAAUAGUAUAGAAUUAUUAAAUUUCAUUAGGCGACAAAAUGAAUUAGUUGAUACAUUUUUAGCUAAAAUUGAAGUACCAGCAAUAAUGGAUUUCUUUUUUAGAGUAAUACAAACUGAUAAACCAGAUUCACCUACUGGUAUACUUGAUACAAUUGGUCAACAAAAUGUAAUUCAAAAAUUAAUAAAUAUUUUAAAACCUCAACCAAUGCAAUUCGAUAAUACACCAUAUAUACCUGAUCAUAAACAAUAUUUUAAACAAAGUUCAGCUACUGAUUUUUUAAAGGCUUUGGUGACUAUAUCUUCAAAUGCUGCAUUAGCUGUAGUAAUGGAAACUAAUAUAGGCCCCAAUCAAUUGACAAGAGAAUUAGUUUCACCAGAUAUUGUAAAUACAAUGAUUCAUGAUAUUAUGCUUGUGAAAGUAAAAGAUAAAGAUGGUAAAAUCCAAACAAAUAAACAUGGUAUUAAUAAUUGUGUUAGUAUCAUUAUUGAAUUAAUUAGAAAAAAUAAUUCAGAUUAUGAUUUAAAUUGUGGAAGUUAUAGUUCAAUGUUACAAAAUGCAGAUGGAAGUCCAGGAGAAGUUAAUUCAUACGUUAUGUUUCAAUGGCUUAAAGAUUUCGAACAAAAUCCACCAGGUCCCAGAGAUCCCAUAUAUUUAGGUGAAAUGUUGGAAUUAUUUUCAAAUAAUUUGAAAAGUUUUCUGGAUUUAUUAGAGUUAGAGCCAAUACCACCUAUUGAAGUUACAUCAAACAUUUUAGGGUUUACGAGGUUUAAAACUAGUGAAUUAAUUGCAGAAUUAUUACAUUGUUCAAAUAUGAUAUUACUUAACUCCAAGAAGAUUAAAAAAAUGAUCCAUAUAAGAGAUCAAAUUAGAUCACAACAAAAUAAAAGAUUAUCAAAAGCAUUAAAUGAUAAAAUCACAUUUCCCGAAUCACCAAAUAUUCAUGAUGUAACAUCAGGUUUAGAUGAUGUUUCAUUAGACGAUGUUCAUUUUGAAACACACGACCAUAACAAACAACAUGAUUAUUCAAAUUUAUUAAAAACAUUAGAUUCAAUUGAAGAUUCUGAAGAUGAAGAACCGUCUAUAUCUCCAGAAAAUCCAUUUGUUUGUUCGGAAAGAAACGAAGCAAUAAGGCAGGAUCCUUGCGUCGGUGAUCUUUUCAAAAUUAAACUUAUUGAUCUGAAUAUUUUAUUAAAUAUUGUUGAUAAAUUUACAAAAUUUGAAUGGAAUAAUUUUUUUCAUAAUGUUGUAUUUGAUUUAAUUCAACAAAUUUUUAAUGGUAAAUUAAAUUCUUAUAAUUCUUUUUUAAUUGUGGAGUUAUUUAAUCAAUGUGAUUUAACAGAACUUAUAAUAAAAUCUUAUGAAGCAGAUAUUGAACCAAGACCUGGUUAUAUGGGACAUUUAAUAUUAAUUGGUGAAGAAAUUGUAAAAUUUACAUCACUUUAUAAACCAGAUCUUAUUUCUCCAAUUAUUGUUGAAGCUGUCCUGAGUGAGAAAUGGAGUUGGUUUGUAAAUGAUAUCCUUUCCAAAACAAGAGAAAUUUAUAAUGUAGUUUUAGGAGCAGAAGAUAAUGAUGAUAAUAAUGAUUAUGGAUUUGAUUCAUCUGGAUAUUUAGAUAUGGAGAAUCAACCUAAAAAGAUUAUACUUGGUGAUACAUCAAAUCAUGAUGAAUUUAUACAUGAUGGAGAAGAUGAAGAUGAAGAUAUGGAUGAACCAAAAGUUGCAGAUGUUGAAGUUGGAAAAAUGUCACCAACAGGAGAUUUAACAAAACAUAAAUUAGCAGAAGAUGAUGAUGAUGAUGAAGAUGAUCAAACACCAAAUGAAAAUAAUUAUGUAGAUAAUUUAUCAGGAAGUUCAUCUGAUGAAGAUGAAGAUGACGAAGGUAACGAAUUACGAAGAGUUUCAAAACAUAAUGAAUAG